AUGAUUUUGUCCAACGAGCUCACGUCUCUCAAACUUCCCAUGUCAGUCCAUUCUUUUGACACUAAAGGCCUGCCCGCUGGACUUAGGCCUCGGGUGAGCCGCAUAGUCAACGACUUCCAAUCAGUGUAUGGCCAAACGCCGCAUUUCGUUAGCAGGUCGCCAGGAAGAGUAAACCUUAUAGGCGACCACAUUGACUACGUCGAUUUUUCGGUACUUCCCAUGGCCAUCGAUGCCGACUUGCUGUGCGCGGUAGGCGUUUUAUCGACAGAAGACAUUCCAUCUAUUACUUUAAUAAAUGAAGAUCCAAAGUUUGCGCAGCGCAAGUUCGACCUUCCCCUGGACGGAUCUGAUAUUUCGAUUGACCCAUCGGUAUCAGAUUGGUCGAAUUACUUCAAAUGCGGACUCCUUGUUGCGCAACAACACCUUAAAACGCAAUUUCCUCAAAAAUUCCAAGAAGCGCCCCUGGCGGGAAUGGAGAUGUACGUGAGCGGUAACGUGCCUACCGGAGGAGGGCUUUCCUCUUCUGCGGCAUUCAUAUGCGCAGUUGCCCUGGCUGUAAUUCGCUCGAAUACCAGUAGCAACUACAAAGUAUCCAAGCAGGUGCUCACACAGAUAACAGUUAAAGCCGAGCACUAUGUUGGGGUCAACAAUGGAGGAAUGGACCAGGCUGCAUCUGUCUGCGGUGAGUCAGAACACGCGCUGUAUGUGGAGUUUCAGCCGCAAUUGAAGGCCACGCCUUUCAAAUUCCCCGAGCUGCAAAACUCAGAAAUCCAGUUCAUCAUCGCCAACACAAUGGUAGUCUCAAAUAAGGUUGAAACCGCACCCACUAAUUACAACUUACGAGUUGUUGAAGUUACAGUGGCAGCCAACGUUCUGGCAUCUAAAUUCAAGGUCGCGUUACAAAGGACGGGGAAUCUGGAGAAGGGUACACUGCGAGAGUUCAUGGACGCUUACUAUUCGCGAUACCACGGCGUGUCGGAACCCUGGGACGGCAACGCAGAAGACGGAAUCAUCAGGUUGACCGAAAUGCUGCAUGUUGUCGAGAAGUCACUGACGCAACAGGAAGGAUACUCGGUCCAAGACGCGGCGACGGCGCUGCAAUGCUCCCAGCAGGAGUUUGCGAGAGAUUACCUUACCAAUUUUCCGGUCCGGUUCGAGGCGCUGAAGCUAUACCAGAGAGCCAAGCAUGUGUUCUCCGAGGCACUGCGCGUGCUGCUAGCCUUGAAGCUACUGACAAGCAGGAAGUCCGAGGGUGACCAGCGGUUUUUGGAAUCUUUUGGUGAUCUGAUGAACGAGUCCCAAAAGUCAUGUGACACGCUGUACGGAUGUUCGUGUCCCGAGACCGACGAGCUCUGCCGCAUAGCCAAGGCCAAUGGCGCGUACGGGUCGAGGCUCACAGGCGCCGGCUGGGGCGGCUGUACUGUCCACUUGGUUACGAGAGACAACGCGGAGCAAGUCCGGAGCGCUCUUGCGAACCAGUACUACCGCAAAAGAUUCAGAAACAUGCCUUCAGAGGAACUGCGCGAGGCAGUGUUCAUUUCAAAGCCUGCACAGGGCAGCUGUCUAUUCGAGAUAUGA